AUGCCUCUUCUCACCCUUCACCUCCUCCGCCUGCAGCCAAACACGGACGUCAGGAACUUCGUGCACUCAGUGCGAAGCUCUCCAGAUGUCGAAGUUGUAGUGGCCUCUCGACCGCGGCGAUAUGUCAUUCGCCCUGAGAUAAUCGAUGUCCAUCAUCUAACCAAUCAACAGUGGGAUCUUAUGCUGCUGCUCCGCUCAGCUAGAAAUGGGAUUCCCCCAGCCCUGCGGUCUGCUGUCAGCGCAGAGUAUUCAGUGAACGCUGGAAUCCCAUCCAAACUCCUCAAAACGUAUCCGCAGCUUGACGCAAAGCUAAAACGAGAGGCCUCAUCAGCGCCUUUAACUAGUUCGCUGGAAAAGGCUCGCAAUAGAUCAUCGUCUCAAUCCUUGGAGCUAUCGGCAGAUCUUCUGGCGUUUAUGGAUGAGCUGGUCAAGGAGCAUGACAAGCCGGUCACCAUGCUCAACCUUCUUCAUUUUCAUCCCAACGGGAAGCCAGAAUACUUCAAAUACGGACAGGGGUUUAUUUCAGUUGCCGGAAAGCGUGGGGGAAACGCGAAAAUCGUCGGUAACGUGGUAAAGCCCCCUAGUGGCCAAACCGACUCAAAAGGGGAGGCAGAUAGACUCGAGAAUGAAUGGUGGAAUGAGAUAUCUAUCGUCCAUUACCCUUCCAUCCGUCAUUUCUGCGAUAUGUUAGCAGGCGAAGACUACCAGGAGAUCAAUUCAAAACAUAGGCUUGGGGUAAGUUGCUCUAUGUUUUUCAUCCAAGGACCCUGGCAUACGAAUUUAACUGCAUAUUAG